AUGCGAGGUACUCGACAUGUCAAGGCUCUCUGCAUAGGAGCUGAUGCCUACACGCAUAUCGCACCAUUGGUUGAGGCUGUCAAAGAUGCGCGUAGGAUACAUAGGGAGCUGGAAGACAGCCCGGGCUGCUCCUCCUCCUUCCUCGCCAACCCGACGACGAGACAGUCCAUGUUAGACAUGCUUUCCUCUCUCGCCAUGGACUGCCAGACCAAGCGACCGGAGCUGAUGCUAGUGUUCUAUGCCGGGCAUGCUAUACAGCUGAGCUCGGGUGAGAUCGCAAUGCUGACAUGCGAUGUCGUGAGGCCGGAGGUGUCAGAGGAGACACGAGGGAGUAGGGUGACCGUCGGAGAUGCGCUGAGCGCCAUGGCUGCGGGGGCAGAGAACGUGGAAGGGCUACCUCCUCUGCUCGUCAUCAUAGACGCGUGUAGAGACGAGGCGCAAGGGAGGGAGAGGAUCGAAUCAGAGAGAACCAACAGGACUAGGAGCAUGAAAGUUUCGCUCUUCUUGUCAUGCAGCAGAGGUCAGAGAGCAGAUGAUGAGUCAGCAUUCCUCAGGGACCUUCUCGACAAGGAGCAUGGGAUGUUCGCGCGGAACAUGAGGCUAAAGCAGGCCAUCGAGCAUGCUAUGCUUGAAAGUCUCCGCAGAGAGCAGGUGGCAGUAUCGUUCUGCACUGUCUUCAUCCCGGAGGGCUUGUGUAUCAGGCCGGACCCGACGGUCCCAAGAGACAUCCAGCAGAUACAACAAGGAGCGAGGAGGGUCGCGGAGAGCUCGAGGAGGCUUGAGGAUCCAACAGCAGGGCCGACAAGCCCGGGCCCUGCAGCAGAGGUCGUAGCUGGAUACAGCCCUGCAGCAGCUGGGACAGGAGCAGACGCGUUUCGAAGCAGCAUCCUAGGCCUACUACAGGAGAGUCUUGGCAGCCUGCUAGAAGAGAGUCCGCGGUGGCGGGUGUGCUCGAUGUUUGUGCUGGUGUUCCUGAGGUACGAGGGGACGAGGUACGGGACUCAAGCGACUCGCAGAUACUACCAGACGCGAUCGAAGAAGAGGCUUGGUCCUGACCUCAUCAGGGCUGUCAACGGUCAUAUGAGCAGGAACGAGAUCCGGUCGGAGGAGCUAGAGCAGUGGGUACAAGAGACCUACGAGACGUCGACCAGGGGCAAGACGGCGGUAGCAGCGAUCGACUUUGCCGUACGCGAGGAGAUCAGGAGGUCGCUCUCGCACAUGCCCGAGGAAGCGAGGUCAGAGCUUCGCUUGUGGGAGGAGGACGUGCGGCUUCGAGACUUCUACGAGGGCGACAUGACGGAGGAGGAGGCGCUAGACGAAGCAGAGGAGUACCUCAGGGACAAGAUGACGGCAGAUCAGGACGGGAGGCUGAGCCCUCUGCUCGCAGUGCACGUGCUGUCGCGGGUGGUCGAGACCGGCAGCUUCGUGACGUUUCUGAAGAUGACGAGGCUCAGCUGCGCCUGCUUGUCCGUGGCGCUGGCUAAGAGAGUGAGGGCGACGUUGGACGAGGAGAGCGUAGGAGGAGACGAGGUGGGCUUUGUGGUGUUGAAGACACUAGAGGGAGGAGGGGCGCUGACAGUCCUGGGACGAGAGCAGGAGGUCGACUCUCACGUCAGCGAGGAGCUGAAGAAGCUCUCGUCAAGACCGCCAGCCGCCUCCGAGUUCACCAUGAUGUCAUUAGGUGGAAAACGUCUCGGAGACCCUGAUGACAUUCGGAGCGAUGACGCUCAGUCUGUUGCUGGGAGCGAUGCUCUUUCACAAGCCUCUACUGCCUUGCACUCGGACUCUCGGAGCAGUGACGCUCGGUCUGUUGCUGGGAGCGAGUCAGCCCUUUCGCAAGCCUCUACUGCCUCGGUCUCUUCGGCUUCUUCUCGAGAGGGACAACAACGAUUUUUGUCCGUACUCCUCGACAAGCCGGAGCUGUCGGAGGCUCUCAAGCCCUUUGACAACAUCUUACCGGGGGACACGUGGGAGGACGUGAGGGGCAAGGUGAAGUAUGAGGACGUGGUGAAGGUCGGCAAGGCUUUGAUGAAGGAGGCGGAGCUGAUAGCCGGAGACUUCAAGACGCUGAUGAGGAGCAAGGAAGUCGAGAAGCUCCUCGAGUCCUCGGAGAGGCCGACGGACGUGAAGGACUUCGAGCGGAAGAUCAACGCGAAGUGGGGACCGGGGGACAAGCAAGAUGGGCCCUACAAGAUCUGGGCGAAGAUCAGGACUCGGCGAGAGCUAUACUUGAAUGAGUUCUCGUCGACCGAGAAGCGACAAAAGCACCUGAUAGUCGCUAUGGCGUACCUGUCGACUUUCAACUGGUGCUUGACGAGCAAGCCGGGGAAACCUUUCGAGUAUGCUCUGCCGUCGGAUCAGAAAGCUUUGUAG